AGAAGUAGGGACACAAGAAGAAGUUGAAGUAGAGGAAUGGAAGGUGAGAAGAGGAGGACCGUGUCAUCCUGUCUCUCAGGGAGCAGCAAUGACUGGCUGCUCUUGGAGGGCCAGGAGGCGGAUAACCCCAAUGGCAGUGGAGGGACCUCGGUGGCUGAGAUUCUGGAAAUGGAAUGGGGAGGAGAGUAUUCUCUUGAUUCUUCCAAUUUAGACUGUUUGUUGAAUGUCGUUCCUGGGGAAUUGGAGUUCCAACAAAUCCUUAGUGAUCUUGAUGAAGAAAUAAAGAAGAAUUCUUCUAGCAUAGAACAGUGUCUUAAGGACCUGCGAUCAGAAGUAAAUGAAAUAUGUCCUGACGAAAUACUACAAAGCACAACUGACUGUCUUCAGUGGCUAAACAACUGUGGGUUUACUUCUGUCAGACCUUAUUCUACACACCAUGGAGAGCUGAUGAAGUUCCUUAGGACCCUGCAAAGCUUGCUGAAGAAUGAGCAAAAUCAAGAAGAAAUGAUACUUCACUUCCUUCUGGAUCUCACUAGUCAGUGUGGUGUCUCAUUUCCCUGUACUCCAAGCGGGACGUCUUUUGAGUUAACAUCUUCCCUUCAUGCCAUUGAGGAUGACUCAACUAUGGAUGUGAAAUCUCUCUGGGAUGAUGUGAGGUUGCAUCUUCGACGCUUUUUAGUAAAUAGACUGCAGAGUCAAAAAGAAGCAAGUACUAAUGCUUUACAACAGCAAGUGGAGUUUAAAACCCAGUGUAUACAGCAACUAUUUUUUCUUUAUCCUGAAUCAGAAGUUUUAACGAAGUAUCAAAGUAUGCAGAAUAAAUUUGUUAGCGAUCUUCUGCAGAACUGUGUUUUGUCUAGUUGUGGUGAAACAAAUUUUGAUAAGGUGGUUCAUGGUUACCAAAGCUCAGUACCCACAUUGUGCUCAAUGAUAAAAGAAGAUUUGUAUGUACUAAGUGGAACUAUUGAUCCUUCUUCAUCAUUGAAGUUUAUUAAUGAAACUUACCUGGACACCAUCACCGAAGAAAUUACAGUUCUUCUUGAAAGGCUUUGUGAGCUGCAGUUCAAAGAAAAUGCUCUACAUAUGGUUAAGUCAAACAAGACUUCGAAGAAGCACAGAGGAACAGUUCAUGCUGUGGCCUCCCAAGAAUGCCACAAAAAAGGAAGGAACUUCUGCUUAACACUGUAUCAACUCAAAUGUCUCUCUCAACUUAUCAAAAUCUUUUUAUUAAUGGAAGAAAAAAUUGAAGAGCUCUCCACAGAAAUUCUGUUGGUGCCUUCGCGUACGGAGAAGAACAAGAAUGUUCAAGGAGUUCUGAAGAAAGCUAGUGGGGAGCUUUUAAUAGGAGAAACUAGAGCAAAUGAAACCAGUGUGCUUCCUGAACAGCUACUUCAGGUAGAAGAGCCUAUUUUUCUGAAUUUUGGCUGGAGAAAUGCAUUUAAAGACCUGUCUGCUUCUGUGGCUCACUGUAUAACAAUAGCAAUCGAGGAUUUUUCAACUAAAAUUCUUCAACAUGAGCAGAAAGAAGAGUUUUCAGCUGCAGGCUAUGCACUGAGUCUUGUAAACAACCAGCAAAUGAGGGAGUCCUGCGGAGCAGUCCAACAGGAGGAGCAACCAAAACGAAUUGCUAAGUUUUGUUCUGACAUCAUGGAAGAACUUGACACAUUGCUUCCAUUGGCUCUGGCAUGCAGAGAUGAUUCUCUUCAGGAAAUUAGAGCAAACUUUGUAGAGGCCUGCAGCAAAGUGGCAACAGCUGUCCUGGCAAGACUAGAGGAGAAAAGCAAAGACGUUCCCUCCAAGGCUCCCCUGCAAGACUUCUAUGCUGUCCUUUCCACAGCGAUAUAUGUCUUUCAGCAUUUUACAAUGUAUAGCAAUUUAAUGAGAGAAACGAGCAAAAAACCCCUGUUCCUAGUGCCUGUCCAACAAUAUCAGGAAUUCAUCAACGUUCUCCAGUUUCAAGUUACGAACUACUGCGUCAGAGUUUGUGCUACAAGCAUUUUACAGGACGCUGAGAGCCACCACUGGGAUGACUACAAAGCUUUUUAUGAGGGGGAAAGAUGCUCAUUCUCUGUCCAGAUGUGGCAUUACUUCUGCCGUGCCCUUCAUCAUGAUCUGUGGACUAUUCUGCCGGCCAAGACAGCCCAGGAGAUUCUUACAGAUGUACUAGAGCAGUCUUUGGCUAUGCUGUGCUCCAGAUAUUGUCAGGCCUGCCCCAGUUACAAGAGAACACCACAAAUCAGAAUUGAUAUUGCAUCUAUUUUGAUGUCCACUGAAGAUAUGCUCUGGUCAAUUUGCCGCUCUGUACAAGAGUUUCUGAAUCCACAUGAAGACAGAGAUCUCAAGAUCUAUAAAAUACACAGCCACUGCAAUAGUCUGCUCUCUGUGCUGGCUGUUUUAACUUCACCACUGAAGAAUUUGUAUGAGACCUUCCUGGACAUUUCUGACAAACAUCUUCCUCGAGAUUUUUCAAAGGUCUUUUAUUAUCCACUGCACUGGUUAUUUUGCAUACCAUCGUCCUGCUCUUCCCCACUGAAGACUCCAUCAGCCAGAGAAAUGGCAGCCCAGGGUCAGCUGAAACUGCUCUUAUCCCAGCCGUACUGUAAUUUGAACUUGCUGUUGGAAACAUUGCUACAUCGUGAUUGUCUCCUAGUGAAAAUUUUACUGAGAAGUUCAAGAAAUGAAGUAUCGAAUUGUGAUGAAGAAAGUUCUGUCCUAGAACAGAUAAAUAAGAAAGAGCCUACUCUGAUUGAAGCCAUCUUCACAGUGUUGUCUUACUGCACUUUGUCACCCAAAUCCCUUGGCAUUGCUUUUGAGACCUACAUGGAAAAAGAGCACUUGUGGGAUUGCUUAUACAAUAUGUCAGUUUCCAGUUGUGGUGAGUCGGAGCCAGAGGUUAUCAGAUGCUUGAAGUUGACUUUGAUUAAUUCAGUCAAGGGUAUAGUGAAGCAGAUAAUUUCUUUGAUGCAUUCAUGGGAGGCAACACAGAACUAUGGAACGUACCAGCACAGGCAAAUAGUUCCUGAAAGUUUACUGAAAACAGUUCCCAAGGAAUGGAAUUACACUCCUCCGGAAAUGAAGAGAAAAGAAUCUGGAAAAUGCUUCACAAGGCUUGCAGCUCAGGCAGUAUCUAUUGUAAUCAGCAAGUUACCUACAGUGAUUGCAUGUUUGCCUCCCCCAAUUAAGUACUUCUUUUUUCUGGCUGAGAGAAAAAUGUCAAGAAAGUUUGCUGAAUUGAAGAAAGCUGGUCUGCUUGUCUGGAACUUGAUUGUAAUUAUAUGUCGGAUAUUGGAGGAUGGAAAUACUGCAGAACUUUUAACAGGUGCAACACUUGACAGAUGGAGCAAAGAAAAACUCAGUUUGGUUCGUGUGUGCUUAGAAAGUAUUAUGGGAAAACAGAAAAGUGGUCCUAAGCAAGUGACCCAGAAGGUUAUACAAAGCAUUGAACAGCAAAGACCAAACUGGAUUGAAAGCCAGUUGCUGAAGGCAAGAAAAUUGAGCACAGACUGUGCCUCAGUCACAGUAGAAGGUGCAACGUUAGAGGAAGGAGGUAUUGCACUUGGAUUCACUGAGCAGAAAAUAAACAUGAUGGUCCUGGAUAUCUGCCACAAACCAGGUGGCAGCGAGUACCUGAGGCAAAUUUAUCACAUCAUCCGGCUCAAUGAGGCGUAUUUGAAAGAGCAGCUGUCUCAUGAGAAUUCUUCUGAAGAUGGUGCUACCUCCAGUCAGUGCCUGCCUUUGACACUGAAGGGCAGAGAAGAGCAGCCGGUCUUCAACCCUUUCCAGGUGUACAGACAGUCUUGCGCAACAGUGUUCAAUCAGUCAACCAUUACUGAAUGGAACUGGGAUUGGUCAAACUUGCUGCCAAGUUAUUUGGGACUGAAUCGGAUGACCUUCAGGGUGCUGCUGGCACACAGGUGGGAGAUGAAAGAAGGUGCAGAUCUUGAAGACGAGGAGAAAGUUAUGGUGGAACACUUAAAAAAUGUUUAUUUGACACAGAGCACUCCUACCUCAGAGGAUAAAGAAGAAUAAUUACCUUGACAGGUUUUGGUCCAAGGGAACCAUUUCCUCUGCCUGAUGAAGGACCCUGGCAAGAUCUUGCAAUCUGAGCUGCAGCUAUUCCUGCUCCCACCACAGCUUCUCGUAGAUGCUCUCAUGGACAUAACUCAGGCCACUUGAAUAGGAGGAAGACACAUUUUUUUCCUAAAGAUUUCAGCAGCGUCAUGGGUAACCGUAACACUAACACUGCUGUAGAGCCUAAUCCGAAAGGCAGUUUUUCCUCCUUUUAAUUGCUUUUUUUCGUCAUGCAUGUAAAAUAUCAGACCACUUAAAAUGAAAACGGAGACCACUUCAUCUUACGAAUCUCCAAAGAUCUUGUUACAACACCGCAUCAACAAAAGGGCUGUGAGGCGCUGGUGCUUCAAAAAUGCUAAAAAUAGUAUUUAAAGAAUAAAACAGAAUUUCCUCUGCUGCUGAUAUAGUCGUUUCAGAUCAUAGAGAAGUGAGGAAGUGUAAAAACAAUUUUUCCUUGCUUUGUAUUGCACCUUUGAAGAUCAGUUGUGGUCUUAAGGCUUCAAACAUGGCUACAGGGAUUGCCUAUGAUGGCAGGUACAGUAUUCUGACAGAUAAGGCACACGUGCUCCAAGCCAUACUAAUAAUGUGCUCAUGUACGUGGAAGCUGGAGUUUAGAAUAUCCUUCCUUAUUUUAUCAAAAUCUAUUGUGCAUAAUUAACUUUUUUGUAUAGCCGCACAAAGUGAAUUCCUGUCUAUGUGGUGAAGCUGACUGAAAUACUUUUUUUUGAAAAAGCUCCCCUUCUGGGAAACAUUUAUUCUGAAUAGGAUAAACGUUGCAAGUGAAAUGAGCUAACCCACAAUAAAAACCCCUCACUUACUCUGCAGUGGGAAUGUCCAUACGGGGAGUUAUUCCAAACUGGUUAUUAUCCUUUAAAUUCACAACACACCUGGUUCUGGAAUAAUCUGUAAAUAGUCAUGUUAAAAAAAAAAAAAAAUUCUUUAUGCCUCUUCCUCCCUGCCAAAUUAAUUCAGCAGUAACCCACUGGGUUGCACUAGGACAAUCUUGUCUUUCUUAGCAAAAGUAUAUUUAUAAUUUUAACAGUGUGGAGGUGACGAGACAGAAUAACUAGCCUGAAUAAAAGCUGAAUCUUUGCAGAGUAUUUUAUUUGGACGUUUUUCUUACCCAAACCUAUCUCUGUAUAUGUCUUUUAGAGUAUCUGAAUGUAAGGUAAUGUGUGUUUGAAACUGAACUUGUCCCUCAAUCCUGACUGAGAAAUAGCACGGCUCGGUCUGGUGGCAGUGUAGCGAUCCUAUUAGCUGACCUUCAGGGUAUAAAAGAAACAUCGUCUUGGCAACAUCAGUUAUGCUGGAUAGAUACUUUUGCAAAAUUCACAUUUGUUCAAUAAAAUUGCAGCAAUAAUAAGAGUUGUAUAACUAAGAUUGCUAAAUAACAUACCAUUAAUUUAUCAAGGCUGCUUACUUCAAACUUAAACCCUUAAUUGAAGAGAAAUGAAAGACACUUGAAAGAGCUGAUCUUUUUUACAUUGUAAGGUGUGUAAAAUUAGGAGUACUUGUAUAACAGAUUGCUGCUUUCUUUGGCUUUUCUUAAUAAAACAAUAGUUCUAUAUUCUUACCAAAAAAAAAGUUCUGCCGAUUCUAAGAUUAAUUUCAUUCUGGAGAGUGAUGGGUUCAUAAAGCUGCAGAGUUUUGCUUUUGUAUUUUAUGUCCUGGCUCUUUGUCACUACUUGUUGAUCCAAGAAUGUCUCACAUUUACAUUUAGCCUCAAUAAAAGAAGGCAACAGGAGCCAGAUUUGCUGGCUGCCGUGUGGGCUCUGUGUUGCCUGACCACUUGCAUUCUGGCCAUUUUAACUGCUCCUGGAAAGGUAGUAAAAAAAAAAAGGAUUAAAGUCUGUUGAGUCUGGCCUCAUUGGCUCAGCUGAAUUAGCUUAAAAGGAAAUUAUUAUAUUUAUAGCAAUGAAUUGGAUCAGAUAGCACAAACUAGGUAACUGUGCAUUAUCACUAAUGCUUACGCCUAAUUCUCAUUUAACAUUUCUUUAUGCUUAGCCUUUUUUACGAAACAGGCUUAAAUGGGAGACUGCAUGGCAUGGAAUAUCUCUAAUUACAUUAGUUUAGCAUCCAGUUCAGAGUGCUCCAAAUCUUAACAUCUUGCUGCUUUUGAAAGGUAGUUAAUAAAAUCAGAAGCAGGGCAAAAUUGAGAUGGCGUUAAUAGUAAUGAAACUCAGAAAGGCAGGAGAGAGAGAGAGCAUUUUCGAAAAGAUAGGCAUUGAGACAUAACCCUGCCUUUUAGUGACUGCUGCCCUGACAAACAGUGUCCCGUAGAUCAUGCUUUAUUCCAGGAGAGGGCUUUUGUAGAGACCGCAGGCAACAAAGCUAUUUGUUCGGGAAAUAUGCGCGGCGGCAAAUGGAUGUUCUCUGAUUCAUCUCUACAUCCUCACAGCAGUGCGAGGUAGGCAUGAGGCUGGCUUCUUCCAAUUAGCUUCCUCUGACAGAAAUAUUCCAUUUCCCUCUCAGCUGGGAUACCAAUUAUAUGCUGAUAUAAAACUAUUUUAUGGAACUCCUUAAAAAUAUGCGCAAUCAUUUUUAGUGACAGACACUAUUCAAACUUCCAAGGCAAUAGUCAAAAGACCGAGGAAUUAGACCCAUUGCCCAAUUAGGCAUGAAAUGAGAGAGUAACUUGAUGGCAACGGGGAGAUUUCUAAGCGAGCAUACAGAUCUUGAGGAGGUCCUGGCUGGUGCAGAGCCACUUCUCUGUACUAAGUUCAUGCUGUAAACAGUGGUAUGAGUGGAAGCAGAGGCUCUAAAACUAUUUUAAGUGUAAGUCCCAGGAAGUGGGCAAGGAUGAGCUCGCUUUUUGCUCUACCUUUGGACUCCCAACACUUGGGAAGCAGGCUGAGCCGACUGAUGUUGCCAGGCAGGCAGUAGAAGAAAAGCGUGCAUGGCCUUGAGCAGGUAUCACUGAGGGCCUUGUAAUUCCCCUCAGUAAAAUGAUGGAGGAACCAGAUUAAUCCUCUCUAGCUACAGCAUUUGGGAACUGACUGCUAGCUGUUGCUGCAGCAAGCGAAACAAUGAUAUAGAGGUGGCAAAAAAACACUCUAGAAAGCAAGGAAUCAUGCAAGCAGGCAAAAAUAAAUCCAAACCCUUUUUUCUUUUUGCUGAAAAAGUGAUUCUGUAAGAAGCGUCUCAGGAAGAACUGGCAAUUACCAAGUACUAAUGACAUAAAGUGAUCAUCUGAGUUAAGAUUCUUUGUCUAAAUUUAGUAGACAGCUAUCCCUAAGCUGACAAGGAGCCACUCCAGUCAUGGCUAGUGCAAAUUUGAUGACUACCAGAUCAAGCCCUUUAGAUCCAUGACAACAUCUGUGAUUCUGUGAAAAAAUUUCAGCUGUGAGUAGGUUGCAGCCAUCUCCGAGGAGAGACUUUAUAGUGUCUCCCACUGAAGAAAGCGUUUUAAUGUUAAAAUAGCUCAUUAUCCAGUUUCUGCAGUAAAUUGAUCCAAGCUCCAACAGCUUUGGUGUCUACACAGCCCUGAGUCACAUCCCUUCUCCUUCUAGAAAUGAGGCCAAGAGCCGCAUAAUGGUGAUCAUAUUCAACAGGUAUCAUCUUCUACAGUUACUGACUCAAAGAGCAUCCCAUGUCUGCCACGACAUACUCCGGUUUCAAACUUUGUUCAUGGUGGAGGUUUGCAGCAACAGCACAUAAUUUUGUCUUUUCCCUUUCAGGACAGUUUUUUUUUUCUGAAAAAUAAUCUCUUUUCUGCUCUCCCGAUAAAUAAAUACAUUGAUGAAAAUUACUGCUGUAAAACAAGCACUCAGUCAUUAGAAAACACCUGAUAAAUGAUUACCAAAGCACCCCCAUGUGUGUUUCUUAAGACAACUGUUAAUGACAUGAUCAUAUAAAUUAUGUCCCUAGAUGAGUUCACUAGAGGACAGAAAUAUGGUUACACAACAAUUUUCAGAAAUUUAUAAUUACACGAUAUCCAACUACUUUAUUUUUUUGUCCCAUAAUCUGUGUUGUCUAUGUAAAAAGACUAAUAACGUUUGGAUAUUUGGUGUCCAUCAAGAAAUAGAAUCACAUAGCUCUUCAUGUGUCAUCCUGACUGUGUUUUGUAUUCCACCUCAAUACUGACUUUCAGACAUCCUUGAAAAACUUAUUGGUUAAUGUUUGUUAUAUCUUAGUGUGGGUAUUGCUGGAACUCAGUUAUAUAUGGGGAGAUAAUUCAUUUUCUAGAUGGUCAUACAGACACAAAGCAGUGUAGGUCCUAUGUGGGUAAUUAUUUCAGGUUUAGGGUUAUCUGAAGACUUAAGCUCUUAACGUUCCACAUGCAUUUUGUAAUAUCUGUGCUUUCCCAUUGUUCUAAGUUACCUGUGUUACCUGGAAUAGUGGAAGCUAUUUGCAUGCAUUGCUGUUUUUUACUUAAACUAAUGCAUUUUGCCCCAGGUUUUAUUUCCUUUAAGUUCUCUGAACUUUUAAUUUACACUUGGAAAUCCACAGCACAUCUGUUUUCACAACCUACAAACACUUAUUUACAUAUCAAUAAAGCCUAUGCCUUCUCAAACCUGAUAGAGAACCCAGAAUUUUAUAAAUGUAAAAUUCAAACCAACCAGCUGCGAGGUUAUCAUUCAAGAAACGCAGUAGCUGUUUUCACUUAGACUUUCACCUCUCUGUACAUUCCAGAAAUAACAUCUUUAAGGAGUCAUUUGACUCUGUUCUGGACUCUUUAUCGGUACCUUGCAUUCCAUAUAAUAAACAUGUCUUAAAUGGGCUUUAUUAUGUAGAUUGAGAUUAUGUUUCCCUCUAGAGAAUGGAACGAAUAUUGGGGAGGUACGCAGUUGAAAUGGCAGGUGGUUUUUGUUCUGGCGUAUGGAUUAGCAAACAGAUUACUUUCCACAGUAAACCAGAUGUGGCUUUGGGAAUGAAAUAGUCUUGGCAGGAAUGCUACCUGCAGGUAUGUAUUGAGUUCAGGAAUGAGCAUGUGCUGUGAAGACUUUCUUCAGAAGCAAAUGGAUGAGGUCUCUUCAAACACCAUCAGUUUCUAUCCCAGUUAAGGCUCCCCAACCUCACACACGCCCAUCCACUUUAUGAAUGGACAGAUUGAUGGAGGUUCUUGCAUUAAUGCAACGCAAAUGUGUAAUGGUAAUCAUCUGGCCUCCUCUUCUCUCCAGACAAAGAAUGGACCAGAACGUGGUAGACUGUUCUUCAUUUCCAACAACUAUCCAGGUCCCUGAUCGGCGUUACUGAGCAAGAUGUACCUCUGCCAGGCUCUGGCAUCAGUGCGCAGACACCUCCAAGCUAAAGAGUCAAAAAAUGUGGUUUAAUUUUGAAGGUGCUGUGUAUGCCUGGUGUGGUUCUUGGAUUUGUGAACCAAAACUGACUAGUCCUGCAACCCUUUCAUCUUCAUUGCCUCCCCUUCCCACCCUUCCCCAGUGUUGGCUCAGCCGUCAAGUUUUAUGAUCGCUUCUGCCGUUUGCUUGAUGCGGCUGCGACCACACCUGACACAAUAUAUACACACACAGCGUACAAAAUACACACGCAGCCAUUAACUGUCUCAGAGAGCAUGCAGUAUGAGUGAGUGGUUCUCCAGGCCCAGCAGGGAGACACUUUUUGGUUAAACCUUUUGCAUUUUAACCCUACACUCCGUGACAUUUAGGCAGACCUCCAAUCUGAGAAGCUUCAAGGUGGGACACACCUGGUUAUUUUGCAGGAGCUUGGUAGCUUGGUUUUGUUUAAAGAAGAAGAGAUAUUUUUGCUUUUUAUUAUGCUUAUGUUGUUAAUUCUAUUGCUUUGGUUGCUGGUUUGGUUUCUUUCCAUCUGGAGUGAUGAUUGGUCAAUACAUGACAGUUACAAUCUGCUUAAGUAGUUUGGGCAUUGAUAAAGUCACUGUGACUGCCAGUAGCAGCAGUAAUUUGUGAGUUUAGUCUUUGUAAAAAGUGUCUAUCAUGGCAAUAGGCAGGAUAGGAAUUAAUUCAGUCUAAAUCUCUCUACUAAAAUGGUCGAUCAUCAACCGGAUUUCUUAGUCCAGCUUUGUCAGGUCUCUCCCUGAUAACCACGGUAUUCCUUCUGUGGUUAGAAGUGGGAUGAACAGAAGAAUGCUGGCACCUUAUGUACUGUGCCUUUUUAGGGAUCUCAUUUUUCCAGCUUGAGUUCCAAAAGAUGCACUUAAACUACAUAACAGAAAAGGUACAUGUAUUUCUUUUCCAUUUUAUGUGUACACAAAUUGUUUAGAUGACAGUUGUACAAUUUUUAAAAAAGUUAUAUAAUACCCUGGAGCAGUCAUCUGCUCUAACAUGCAUAAUUUAUUCAAAAAUCAUUUGUGGAGUUGAGGGAUUGAUAGUUUGGAACAGAAAAAUUAUAGGUAUGCUAAGUACGCUCUUGCAAAAAUAAAUCAUGUAAUCAUAUAUUGAGAUCCAAUAUUUCAAAAUUCAAAGUACAAUUAAAUUGUUUGCACAUGUAACAGCAGUGAAAUAACUUUGCAAGGUUUACAUCAUAAACCCAUAUAUCUACUGAGUAAAUAGUAGAACACAGACCAUAAAGUUCUGUCAAUAGCAUUGCUUUCAAUCUUUGUUUCAUUCCACCAAAACUUUUCAUAUCAGUCUGGCAUUUUUUUGAACCACUAUAUACAGGACCAAAGAAUUAGGAGUGGUAACUUGAAAUAUAGAUCAUAUAUAUUUAAUCUUUACAACAAAUGCAAAAGCAGUAAGUGAAAAACAAAGACAUAACAGACUGUAAAAACUCUCGAGAACAUAUAAUGAAGCAUAAGAGUGAAUGUCACGACAGAUUUAUGUAUGUUCGAGUUUCAGCAAAAACUGCUGAAGACAAAUUUGAGAAUAUUUGUGUAUCAUACUUUUGGCACAAUAGCAGGAACCAAAAUAAAUUAUCCAGGAAUAAGACAUAAGAAACAGAUUCUGGGUGUAAACAACAAGCUGAAUAAGAAUUUUGAAUUAAAGAAAACUUUCAAGCCAAAAGAAAGAGAGGUUUUUCAGCCUUGCAGAGCACUCAAGAAUAAUGUUGGUUUUUCAUGAGUUUUCAGUAUUUCACAUAUUUUUUUUUUUAAGUUUCUAAUUUAAUUCUUGUGAAAAGUGCUUCUCAAGAGGUAACACAUCAUCUUUGUCAGGAAAGCUAACAUUUUUAUUUUUCAUGAAAUGCAUUCUCUGUAUUUAUGCACUAUACACAGUACACAAAAAGCCUAUUCCAUCGAUGUCAAGCCAAAAGAACAAAUGAAAAGAAACUACAAAGGGAAUUCUAAAGAGAUUUUUUUUUUUCUCCCACUAUCUUUUCUUUUGGGCUUAGCCUCAGAAGGAAUUUUUGUGUCCCAAAAGACACAGGAUAACUUUUCCCAAGAAUCACACAUCCUAAAGGUUGCUAUUCUUGCAUGCAAC